CAAGAGAUGGAAAAUAUGGGUAAAAGUCAGCGCUCUUCAGAUCCCAUACCAGACACUCGUUGGACACCAAGAGUUGGCGUCAAUUCAUUCGACGAACAGAAGCGUCAAAAUGAUUGGGCAGAAGAGGAGGAGACCUAUAAACGAAAGUAUAGACAACUCCGGAAUCCCAGUCCCACUCCAGACAACCCACUGGAACUGGAGAGAGUGCGGAUCCAACAAAUGGCUGCUAUAGAGGCCGGCAUACUUAGGUCACCUGAUAGGCAACCCGUCGAUGAUUUCGGAUACCCUCGAAGAAUAUCUCCCGAAACGAGUCCCAAACGAAUGCGCAAAAGGAAAGCCGUCGUCGGAGUCGGAGUCGGAGUCGUGAGAGGUAUCGGCGCUCAAGAAGUGGUAGUCGUAGUCGAAGUGGUAGCAGAAGACGCCGAAGUCGUACACCUGAACGGCGCCGUCAUGAAUCCAAUGACGCCUAUGAUGCCAAUGGGAGGACUUGAAAUGCCUUUUAUGGGCGCACCCGCCCCUCCAUAUAUGCCAUCAAUGGAUGCAAUGUAUCAACCGAUUAUGAAUCAGCAGAUUAUCCCUAAGAGUCGUCCCCCUGUGGCGCCCAAACUAAGUCCACGAAAGGGCACAAAUCCUAACCUUAAAAAGGUUCCGAUCGUUAGGAGUCCCGGCGCUCAGUCUUCGGCCAAAAGAGGAAAUGAGAAAAAAGACGACAAAUUGAUUAAUCCUUACGACCUCUUACUUGCCGAAAGGACUAAAUUGAGAGCCGAGUUGAGUAGAGCCACCAAAUCAUAUGAGCAGAAAGUGGAGAACCAGAACCUGAUUGUGGCCAGAGAUGGGGGAACCGAUAGCUAUGCCUACAAACAAUUGGACAAAUCUAUUAAAGAAUUGCAAACAGAAAUUGAAUCAAUAAAUGGGAAGAUAUUGAAAAAUAAGGAACUCAUCGAUAAGAUCCAGAAGUCGAAAGCAAAUGCAAAACACUUUUUGGAUAAAAUCAAGUCAACGGGCGAUAUAUCGAAAAUAGAGCCCAAACAGAAGGAUAAGCCUAAGACUAGUGCCGACAAGAAGGCGCCGCAGAAGAGCCCAAAAUCAGGUAAAGACGCGGAAGUGAUAACCAUUGAUGACGACGAAGAAGAAGAGAAGAACAGUCGCUUCCAUUACUUCGAUUCGGGUCCGCAUUGGUGUAAGUGUUGCGAUAAACUUAAUUUGAACACAAAUAAGACUGAAUCGGGAGAUAAGCCGAAGACCUCUGAUAAGAGUGAUCCGAAAACUAACAAAUCAAACGAUAAGCCAAAAGAUGUGACAAAAACUCCCGAUAAAUGCGCGGAUAAAACUGACAAAUCUAACGAUAAGUCGAAAAGCCCUGAAAAGGUGAGCGAGAAAUCGCGAGAAGUGGCAAAAACUCCGGACAAAAACGGGGAUAAAAAUGACAAAUCAAAUGAUAAGUCGAAAACUCCAUUGAAAAGUAGUGAUAAACCGAAAUCCCCGGAAAAAGCGGAUAAAUCGAGUGCUAAUCCAAAGACUCCCGAAAAAAGUUCAGUUAAAAACUCGAAUGAAAGCGAAGACAAACACAAACGAAACGAAUUGAAGUCUAAGAAAGAAGAUGAGACCAAAAGGGGUGACUCCGAGGAUAUCCCCGAAGGUAUUGAAGACAUGCUUGUAAUCGAUGAAAUCAAUUGCGAUGACAAUUCUGGUGAGACUAUCGAUGAAAACAGAUUACUUGAACUCGAAAAUGACGGCUCGAAUGCCAAGAGUAAUGAUAAGAGCGAAGAGAACAUUGAAAAUGUAGUCGAAAUGACUGACGUUUCUGUGGAUUCAAGACAAUUGUCUGAAAACAAUAGUAAAUCAGAAACAUUAGGCGAAGUGAAGACUGAACCCAAAUUGAGUGCCACUGAAGGAACCCAACCGAAGGAUUGCGAGUCUGUUGAGGGAGUGGUUCCUCCAAUGGAUGCAAAUGAUAUCAAUCCGGAGCCAAAACCAGAGUCAAAAUCUGAGACAAACAGUGGUUUAGAUUUGAAAGUCAAAGAAGAAGCGAUUGUCAAUAAAAAUAGUGAAACCAAUUGUGACAAACAAUCGACUGUCGAUCCAAUGGUUGAAUCUAUAACUCAAGAAUUGGUUGACACAGAAAAGCAGAAUUCAGACACAGAUUCUGCACUUAAGACCACUACUAUAGAAAUUGUUACAGAAUCUCAAGAUAUGGGAAGCAAUCAAAAACAAGAAGUUGUGGACAAAAAGUCAGACAUUAAGAGUGAUAGCGAAGAUACGAAGAAGAGUUCUGUUGGUUUACCAGAAUCUUCAGCUCAAGGAGUGAGUGAAGUGUCGGUCAAAAGUGAGAGGAAAUGUAACCCACUUUUAGACUUAGACGACGACAUCGCGGCACUCAAUGCACGCUUUGAUCUAAUGGUUAAACAGGACUCCACUGAAGGGGACGAAGAUUAUGAGGACGAGUUGGAGGGCUUUGAUGUGAUCGAUGAGACCAAUGAGUAG